GGCUUCAGAGCCGGCCAGGACAGUAGAAGCUGCGCAGCUCAGCUCAGCUCAGCUAGCUAGCUAGGUGCUCUCCUAUAUAUCACCUUAUCCUCUCUCUAGCCACCUCUCGCUCGUUCGCUAUCUCCUCUCGCUAAGCACAUGAGCUAUAGCUCUGCCUCACCCGCAAUGCCAAGAGCAAGGUAGCCGGAGGCCUGGAGCUGCACUGCCUUUUGAAUUCUCAAUUCGCUUGGAAUUCAAGGUAGAAUUUGCGAGGCUGUAGAUAAGCAAUCAGCGUGGUGCUAUGGCGCCCAAGGCGGGGAAGGCCAAGCCCAAGGCCAAGGGCGACAAGAAGAAGAAGGAAGAGAAAGUUCUGCCCACCGUGCUGGACGUCACCGUGGAGACGCCGGACUACACACACCUCACGCUCAAGGGCAUAUCGACGGACAGGAUCCUCGACGUCCGGAAGCUCCUGGCCGUCCAUGUGGACACCUGCCACCUCACCAGCUUCUCCCUGUUCCACGAGGUCCGUGGGGCCCAGCUCAAGGACACGGUGGAAAUCGCGUCCCUGAAGCCCUGCCACCUCAGCAUCGUCGAAGAGGAGUACACGGAGGAGCUCGCCGUCGCGCACGUCCGGCGGCUCCUCGAUGUCGUCGCGUGCACCACCGCUUUCGGGGUCAAGAAACCCGAGCAGAAGCCCGCCACCGAUGCGGCCGCUGCCGCGGUCGCCGAAGCCGACAAGGUCGCCAAUCCUGGGUCGCCCGCCGGCGGCGGCGGCGAGGAGCCCAUGUACCCGCCGCCGAAGCUGGGGGAGUUCUACGACUUCUUCUCCUUCUCUCACCUCUCUCCGCCUCUGCAUUACAUUAGGAGGUCGACGCGCCCAUUCGUCGACGACAAGAGAGAGGACGACUUCUUCCAGAUCGAUGUGAGAGUUUGUAACGGGAAGCCGGUAACGAUUGUGGCAUCCCGAGCUGGAUUCUAUCCAUCAGGGAAGCGAGCACUCAUCAGCCACUCCCUCGUUGGGUUGUUGCAGCAGACGAACCGUGGAUUUGAGGGGGCUUACAAGGCUCUAAUGAAGGCUUUUGUUGAGCACAACAAGUUUGGAAAUCUUCCUUAUGGAUUCCGGUCAAACACUUGGGUCGUUCCCCCCGUUGUUGCUGAUUUGCCAUCGGUGUUCCCACCUCUUCCAACUGAAGAUGAAACUUGGGGUGGCAAUGGUGGUGGUCAGGGAAGAGAUGGAAAACAUGACCAUAGACCAUGGGCGAAAGAAUUUGCCAUCCUUGCCGCAAUGCCUUGUAAAACAGCUGAGGAGAGGCAAGUCCGAGACAGAAAGGCUUUCCUACUCCAUAGUUUGUUUGUAGAUGUUGGCGUCCUUAAAGCUAUUGCAGUUAUCCAGCAAAUGGUCCCCAAUUCACAUGAACAAACGAAUUCCACAACAAGUCCAGUUUUGCAGACACAACAAAUUGGGGAUAUGAAAAUAACUGUGACAAAGGACAAAGCGGAUGCAAGUUCUAAGUUAGAUGUUAAGUUAGAUGGGAGUCAGGCUCCAGGAAUAUCUUUUGAUGACCUGGCUAAGAGGAACUUAUUGAAGGGCAUCACUGCUGAUGAGAGUGCUACAGUGCAGGAUACUGCUACUCUUGGUGUGGUUAUUGUGAAGCAUUGUGGAUAUACAGCUGUUGUCCAAGUUCCACUUGACACUCAAUUGACAACUGUUGUUCCGGCACAGCAGGACAUUCACAUCGAAGACCAACCUGAGGGAGGUAGCAAUGCUCUGAAUGUUAACAGCUUAAGGAUGCUGCUUCAGAAAUCAUGUGCUCAGUCAUCAGGAGUUCAGCGAUUGCAGAGUUCUGAUCCUGAAGAGAGUGGGACUACUGCAAAUUUUGUCCGGAAAAUAAUGACAGAUAGUCUGCAGAAGCUUGAAGAUGAGGCUCCAAGAGAAACAAGACCAAUCAGAUGGGAGCUUGGUGCAUGCUGGGUACAACACCUACAGAAUCAAAGCUCUGAGAAGACCGAUGCUAAGAAAAGUGAUGAGACUAAGGAUGUUCCUACAGUAAAGGGCCUGGGAAAACAAUUUGGUCAGCUGAAGGAGAUCAAGAAGAAGACAGAUGACAAGAGUGGGAAGAGUACAUCCGCAAAAGAAAGUACUUUACCAACAAAUGAUGCACAUACAGACAACGCUGCCAGCACAGAGGAUAAAGGGGCUAUUCUUCAAAGAUUGCUAUCAAAAGCUGCUUUUGAAAGACUAAGAGAAUCUGAAACUGGACUUCAUGCUAAGUCCCCUGAUGAAUUGAUUGAGAUGGCACACAAAUAUUAUGAUGAUACUGCCCUGCCAAAAUUGGUAGCAGACUUUGGCUCACUCGAGCUUUCCCCUGUUGAUGGAAGGACAUUAACAGAUUUUAUGCACACUAGGGGCCUUCAAAUGCGCUCACUGGGACAAGUGGUCGAGCUUUCUGAUAAGCUCCCACAUAUACAGUCACUGUGUAUACACGAGAUGGUAGUUCGAGCAUGUAAGCACAUAAUUCGGGCUGUUAUUGCAGCUGUUGAUGAUAUAAAUGACAUGGCUGAAGCGGUUGCGUCAUGUUUAAAUAUCUUGCUGGGACCAUCUCCAGAAGAAAAUAAUGAUGGCAAGUGUGUAGAGGAUCAUAAUCUCAGGCAGAAGUGGUUGGAGGUUUUUCUAGUAAAGAGAUUUGGUUCCGUGUGGAAAGAUGAAUAUUGCCUUGAUCUAAGAAAGUAUGCCAUUCUCCGUGGUCUCUGCCAUAAGGUAGGACUUGAGCUAGUUACCAAAGACUAUGAAAUGGAUACUGUGCCACAUCCAUUCAGAAAGUCAGAUAUCAUCAGUAUUAUUCCUAUCUACAAGCAUGUUGCAUGCUCUUCAGCGGAUGGUCGCACCCUGUUGGAAUCAUCCAAGACUUUCCUGGACAAAGGAAAACUUGAGGAUGCAGUUAGUUACGGCACAAAGGCUCUUGCAAAACUGGUUGCUGUUUGUGGUCCUUAUCACAGAAUGACCGCAGGAGCUUACAGCCUUUUGGCAGUAGUGCUUUAUCAUACUGGUGACUUCAACCAGGCAACUAUCUAUCAACAGAAGGCUUUGGAUAUCAAUGAGAGGGAACUUGGACUUGAUCACCCAGAUACUAUGAAAAGUUAUGGAGAUCUUGCUGUUUUCUACUAUCGCUUACAACAUACGGAGUUGGCUCUAAAGUAUGUAAAUCGAGCCCUAUAUCUUUUGCAUCUGACAUGUGGCCCGUCUCACCCUAAUACUGCUGCAACUUACAUCAAUGUGGCAAUGAUGGAAGAAGGGUUGGGUAAUGUUCAUGUCGCACUCCGUUACCUGCAUGAGGCGCUUAAAUGCAACCAGCGUUUGCUUGGUGUUGAUCACAUACAGACGGCUGCUAGUUAUCAUGCUAUCGCUAUUGCUUUGUCUUUAAUGGAAGCAUACUCUUUGAGUGUCCAACAUGAAAAAACCACUCUACGAAUACUUCAAGCAAAGCUUGGAUCAGAAGAUCUUCGAACACAGGAUGCUGCUGCUUGGCUGGAAUACUUUGAGUCCAAGGCACUAGAGCAGCAGGAAGCAGCACGCAACGGUACUCCAAAGCCUGAUGCUUCAAUAGCAAGCAGAGGCCAUCUGAGUGUAUCAGAUCUUCUAGAUUAUAUCAAUCCAGAUGAUGAGCUCAAGGUUAAGGAAAUGCAAAAGAAACAAGCCCGUGCUAAGAUCAAAGGUCGUACUGGGCAGAACCAAUCUGAAAUAGCCGAUGAUGAAGAUCAAAGGAGCCCUCCACCUAAAAAUGAUCAUUCAUUAACUGUGAAGGAAAACUCAGAAGUCAAAGAGAAUGGAACCUUUGCUCAUCAUGUGAAAGUGGAGCAGAAAAACGAAGUACCAAGUAACACUGUGAUUGACAUGCCUCAAAAUGAUUUUACUGAAGAGUGCAGAUCUGAUGAGGGGUGGCAAGAAGCUGUUCCAAAGGGAAGAUCCACAGGGAACCGCAAACCUGGUGCAAAUGUGAGGAGGCCAAAUCUGGCAAAGAUCAAUACAAAUUUGUUAAGCAAUAGUGAGAAUGGAAGAUACAAAGGCAGGGCUUCAUCCAGCUUCUCUUCCCCUCGAGUUUCACCUAAUGAGACUGCAGCUUCUAGCCCUCUUGCGAAGAAAUUGGCGAAGAGUUCAAGCUUCAAUUCCAAGGCAGGCAACCUAGCAAUCUCAUCAAACAGUGGGGAGAAUUCUCCCAAUCCUAACCCCAUGACAGCAAGCCUACCCACCACACAAGCAGCUGCCAAGGUAAUAUUGUCUGCAGCACCAAUUGUGAGUCAAACAGUAAGGAAGUCACUGUCAUACAAGGAAGUGGCAAUAGCUGCACCAGGAACUCUUAUCAAAGCAUUGAAUGAGGAAAAAGAUACAACUGAUCCAGGUACCAAUCUUGAAAGUUCGAGAGCUCCAAAAGAAAGCAAUGGUCGCCCUUCUGAAGAGAAAAAUGGAGCAAUCCAAGCGUCACCAGAGGAUAAUAUUUCAGAAGUAGCAACAGGUGAACCGAAAUCUUCCAAGUCUGAUAAUGAGCAAACCAAUAUUUUGGUAGUAUCAAAUGAAGAUGAGAAGGCCUCAGAUUCAGCAGAUAUAUCUAUAGAGAAGAACCAACCAUUAGCAACUCAAGCUGAGGCCAAUGGAACAAAUGAAGAAGCACCAACGCUGACUGAGGCAAAUGGUUCUUCAUCCAACGACGAUGAAAUAGAUCCAGGAGAGGAUACUCAAGAACAGCUGUCUAGUGGAGGCGAAAAUGAGAAAUCUUCACCAUCUGGAAGUGAAAAGAAUGAUUCACCAGAAGGUGCCAAAGAGACAACCAGUAAGCUUUCUGCUGCCGCUGCUCCAUUCAGUCCAUCCACUGUGCCAGCUUUUGGUUCGAUGGCCGUACCAAGUUUCAGGGAACAUGGAGGACUACUGCCAUCACCAGCCAAUGUGCCCCCAAUGUUAUCAAUCCCUCUCCGUAAGCACCCUCACCAAUCAGCAACUGCAAGGGUCCCUUAUGGUCCACGUCUAGCUGGAGGCUUCAACAGAUCAGGACACCGGGUGCCUCGUAGCAAACCUGUCUUGCCAAGUGGUGAAGUUCUUCCAGAGUUAAGCACAUCCCCUAAAGUGAUGAAUCCUCAUGCAGCAGAGUUUGUCCCAGGUCAAUCUCGGAGUCCUAAUGGCCAUUCAGUAUCUCCAAACGAUGGUAGUAUUCAAGCAUCACCACAUGAGCGUCCAUCCUCUCCAGAUAAUAUUGUUGAAUCACCCAUGACUGCAUCCCCACAAGUUUCUGAAAGUAGCCAGACCAGUCCUGAUGGAAAAGAUACACCUAGUGGAAUUGAUGUUGAAACUGGUAGUGAAAACCAGAACAAGGAGGAGAUGAACAAGAACAACCAAGUGGAGAGUGAAGACGGUGAAGUGGAGCCUGACCAAACCGUAGCUUCUGAAAGCACAGAAGAUGACGCAACCGCACUGAAAGGUGCUCAAGAGGACCCAGCAGCUCCGAAAGAUGCUCAAGAUGAUUCGAGCUUCACUGAAAAGCCGAAGUCCUGGGCUGAUUACAGCGAUGGAGAAGCUGAGGCUGUUCAGGUUGCGAGUUGAGAAAAUAUGGUCUUCUCAGGUAGUUACCAAAAUCGUUAUUUUUAUACAGAUGAAUUUCUUGUGGACAAUAAAAUCAUGAUAGCGCAAACCGGCAUUCUGUUUUUUGCUGAAAGGAGGAGAUGCUGGUUUUUUGGGUAGAGAAUUAUUUGCUUUCCUGAUCUAUUUCGCAGUAUAUAUGGUGCUUACAUGUUUCUGUCGCCCUUCUAUGGUGCUACUGGCAUAUCAAGGUUCACAUUGCCAACAUCCAGAAUGUGCAAUUGUCAUCAUGGUGACUGGUAAGCUUAUUUCAGUUUGCUUUGUUACUGCGAAGGAGCUUGGGAAGAGCACUCGAGAGUGGUAAACAUAUCAUCGUUUCCCCCAUUUUGCUGGGUAUUUUUAUUUCCUUUGUCAUUGUGCUGAGCGGCUGCCGACUUAACAUCUUUGUAGCUAUUUCUUUUGAAUUUUGAUAAAUUAGACUGGAUGAAAGCUGUAAAGAAAGUGAUGCACUUCUCAUACUUCCUGGAGCAGGAAGUUUCCAUGUUCCUGUAAUCAGGUUGUUGUUUUUUGGAGAUUUCUGCUUGUACAAGAAUUAACUUGAUCCAUUUUGUCAUUACUUAUGUUUAAAAUACAUUUUUUUCGACUCA